GCGUGCAGUCGCUAGCCGUAGCCCUAUACUUGUUCGUCGAAAGUUAUAUACCAUUGACUCCACGUUUUUACAAGUACCCGACGACCUCAUCCGCCGAUAAAUUCCCGGGUGUUCCCCCCAAGUGCGAAAAAAAAAAAAAACCGCGGAAUUUUCAAGUGAAUUGGUUCCAUCAAUCGCGUUCCCCAAUUUCCCCAAAUUCCAACUAGUCUGGCCGGGGGUAGCCUAGAAGAGGGGGGGAGAGGGUUGGCAGGUAAAAACGACCCUUAUCCCCACCACCACUGGUCUCUACCCAAUUCGGGUAGUUGAGGGCGUCCCUCUCUCUCUCUCUCUCGCACACGUCUUUUCCGAAUGGGGAAAAAGUGAGGGCCGAAAAACCGGAGGGGGUUGCGCACACAUUUGGGAAGAGAGACGGUACCAACUGAGACAACCCGCCAGUCUUGCGGAAGUAUCGGUACCCUCAGGCCACGAUAAAUACAAAAGUACUAUUUUCGACAGCUCAGCCCGGCGCGUGGAAAACGUCAAGUGUCAAGUUCCAAGAGGAAAAAAAAAAUUAUCCCCCAGGGAUUAAUCAAAAUUAACCCCACAAUUGACUGGUAAAUUAAUUUAAAUGCGGGGAGAGUGGAUUAACAAGUAUUGUAAUGGUGAUCUGACGUUAACGGUGGAGUGACUGGUGAUAAAAAGCAAUUUGUUCUGUUCGAGAACAUUUAUUAUUGUUUACAAUGAGACUGUGGAUGAUAUUGGGUGCGUUGGCUGUCGCUGUGCCGACUGUUCCAGCCGACAUGACCAGGAAUAAAAAUCGUGGAAGAGGCUCCAUGUGGUGGGGAAUUGCCAAAGCAGGUGAGCCCAACAAUCUCUUGCCAAUGUCACCAGCGUCACUCCACAUGGAUCCGACGGUUUAUGCUACACUCAGGCGUAAACAGAGGAGAUUAGCCAGGGAAAAUCCUGGGGUACUUAUGGCUGUUGCCAGGGGUGCUAAUCAGGCUAUUAUGGAGUGCCAACAUCAGUUUAGGAAUAGAAGGUGGAAUUGCUCGACCAAGAAUUUCUUGAGAGGAAAAAAUUUAUUUGGAAAAAUCGUUGAUCGGGGUUGCCGAGAGACUGCAUUUAUCUACGCAAUAACAAGUGCAGCAGUGACGCAUAGUAUUGCGAGAGCAUGCAGCGAGGGUACCAUACAGUCCUGCUCCUGUGACUACACCCAUCAGUCCAGGACACCUUCCCAGGUGAGGGACUGGGAGUGGGGUGGGUGCUCGGAUAACAUCGGUUACGGAUUCAAAUUCUCCAGGGAAUUUGUUGAUACCGGGGAGAGGGGACGAAACCUCAGGGAGAAGAUGAAUCUUCAUAAUAAUGAGGCUGGGAGAGCGCACGUCUCCUCGGAGAUGCGUCAAGAAUGCAAGUGUCACGGAAUGUCGGGCUCGUGUACGGUAAAAACCUGCUGGAUGCGUCUGCCGAAUUUCCGAAUAAUCGGUGACAACCUGAAGGACCGUUUCGAUGGUGCAUCACGGGUAAUGGUGAGCAAUUCGGAUCGUGCUCGCAACGGCAACGCAAUAGUCAGUAAUUCCGCGAGUAAUUCAGUUCAUGGGCCCCGCCAGGGACUGGGCCGUCGUCAUCGCUAUAAUUUUCAGUUGAAACCGUACAAUCCUGAGCACAAACCACCGGGCUCAAAGGAUCUCGUUUACCUGGAGCCAUCGCCACCAUUCUGUGAGAAAAAUCCAAAGUUAGGUAUACUCGGUACACACGGUAGACAGUGCAAUGACACGAGUAUCGGUGUCGAUGGUUGUGAUUUAAUGUGUUGCGGAAGAGGGUACAAGACCCAGGAGGUCAUUGUCGUCGAGAGAUGUGCAUGUACAUUUCACUGGUGCUGCGAGGUAAAGUGUCAAUUGUGCAGGACAAAAAAAACAAUCCACACGUGCCUAUGAAUAAAAUAUUAUAAUCGACAAUUCACACCUCUUCCUGGUGAAGAGGUUGUUACUGAAUCGAGUCGUCGAGGGGAAACCAUUGUCAUUUCGUCUUUUAUUAAUACCUUUAAUUAAUAGUUAUGAAAAUGUCUGUGAGUUGUUCCGCGUUUUAUUCAUUACGCGUCCAGUAUUAUGCAGGGGUUGUUUUUUUUUCUUUUUUAUUAUUUAUUGACGCUCUGUUGAGUGUUUUCACAAAGACUGAGACGAAUUAAGCGAUUAAAGAUGGGGUACGGUAGUGACGUUCGUAUUCGGUUGGCGAAUUUUUUUUUUUCUGUAUAUAGUAGUAAUUUUAAUCAAUUCGGGGAUAUGAUGACCGAGGCGAUGAGCUUUUUGUAUACUCUUUUGUAUUUUUUUUUUCUAAUGGAUUUACGUUAUUUAUUAAUGAAGGGUGAACGCUCUGGGGCACCCUGGGGGUUCAGUCGACCUUGUAAAUAGUCUUAGGAGAUAGUGAAUGAUCCGGUUAUGUGCUUAACACGACUGUACAUAUUAGUGCCUCAUCCAUUAUCAGAAUUAUUGUAAAUAUUAUGAAUGAUAUGGAGUUAUGGUAAAAUCGUACGCAAAUGUAGGCAAUGAAAAUAUUUAAAUUAUUUUUCUACACGUCCGUGAAUAAUUUUGAGUUAAUGCUACCAGUGCUGAGGGGGCUGAUUCACAUACUUUUGUCAAUAAUUUAUAUUUAUGAUUACUGUGGAACAAAUUGUCGCUCAUCUAUAAAUAUAUAUAUGAAUAUAUGUAUAAAUACAGCAAGUGAAUUGUU